ACACUCAAUCUGAAUCAGUUGGAUUUUAGAACAUCGGACGGGCGGGCGUGUAUAGAAUGGAUCGCUAACCACAUCAGCAGUUUUUUUUUAAUUCCGCCUUCUAGCAGUGUUUGUUUAUACCUUUCGGCACACUAUCCGCAAAUCCUUCUCGAUUGUGGUGCUUUAAAUUAAUUUAUCUUCGCAUUUAAUUUUCUGUUGUCCCGAUUUCACAUCGAGAAGGCGGCCGCACCAAGUUUGAAAGCGGCUUUUCAAGAGUAGUACACCUACUCGUAUUUUUUCAAUAUCGCUGUGUCAACGCAUCAGGCAGCCAUCAGGAUGGUGAAGAAAAUUUCAGAAGAGAGUGUCGAUAGCGGCGUAGGCCGUUGCAGCAGUCAGUCGUCGAGCGAGCGCGAGUCCGACGAGAGUCCGCGAGGCUCGGAGCCGUCGGCCCCCGUUCCCAUACCUGACAGCGAGGAUCUGCAACGGCGCAAGGAGGAGGCGCGAAGGAAGCGCCGGAGGAAGAAGCGCUCUGGAAGCUCGGUGGUCACAUCGUGUUUUCAAGACCUGUACAAGCUCACGGGCGAGGUAUUGGGCGAGGGUGCGUACGCCUCGGUGCAGACUUGCGUUAACAUCUACACUGGGCAGGAGUUCGCUGUGAAGAUCAUCGACAAAGUGCCGGGGCACGCCCGCGCCCGGGUGUUCCGCGAGGUGGAGACCUUCCACUACUGCCAGGGACACCCAAACAUAAUCCAGCUCAUUGAAUUCUUUGAGGACACCGACAAGUUUUAUCUUGUCUUUGAGAAGAUCAACGGUGGCCAGCUCCUAUCCCGCAUUCAGGAGCACCACUACUUUUCGGAGCCGCAGGCGGCCGAGAUCGUCCGCGAGAUCGCGAACGCCCUACACUUCCUGCACGGCAAGGGCGUGGCGCACCGCGACCUCAAGCCGGAGAACAUCCUGUGCGUGCACACGGACCGGCUGUGCCCCGUGAAGAUCUGCGACUUUGACCUCGGCAGCGGCAUCAGCUUCACGUCCAGCCUCGCGGGGCCGCUGGCCACGCCGCAGCUCAUGACACCGGUGGGCAGCGCGGAAUUCAUGGCCCCUGAGGUGGUGUCGCUGUUCGCGGGCUCGGCGGCGACGCACUACGACAAGCGCUGCGACCUGUGGUCGCUCGGCGUCAUCGCCUACAUCCUGCUGUGCGGCUACCCGCCCUUCCGCGCGGAUUGCGGGGCCGACUGCGGCUGGGAGCGCGGCGAGAACUGUCGCGCGUGUCAGGACCUCCUGUUCACUUCCAUACAGGAGGGCCGCUACACGUUCCCGGAGGAGGAGUGGGCGGGGAUCAGCGGCGAGGCCAAGGACCUGAUCCGGCAGCUGCUGGUGCGCGAGGCGCGGCGACGGCUCAGCGCCGAGCGCGUGCUGCAGCACCCCUGGCUGCGCCGCGCCAGCGACACGCGCUCCGGCGACCGCUACCCGCCGCUGCAGACGCCCAUCAAUAUUAAACGCAACAUGUCGGCGCGCAACCUGUCCAACUUCGCGGAAUCGGCCAUGGCGGUGAACCGCGUGAUCCAGCAGCACUUCUCCAUGAACUACUCGUACCUGGAGCCCAGUGCUCCGCUGCGGUCCAGCAAGUCGUGCCAGCCCGUGCCCGUGCCCGUGCCCGUGCCCGUGCCCGUGCCCGUCGCCGUGGGCCGGCCGUGCUGCGCGCCGCUCGGCCUGUCGCCGCCCGCCGACAGCCAGCUGCUGCGCCGCCGUCUGCAGGACGCGCUGGCUCACUAGCCGCACUCCGACUGCAGUGUUCUCGUAUCGUGCCGUACACUCUAAACUAGGCUUCCUUAACACGUUCAUUGCCGGCACGAGCUAAGCGCUCCGAGCGAAACUCGGCUUCGGAGCGAUAAACGAGAACCCGCCCGGAUAGCUGGCGGUGAUUGCGUUAAGACAGUGGACAAUUAAAACUCGUCGAACUUCUAAAAGCUCGGUGUUAGACCCUGAGAUAUCGAUGUUUCGAGUCGAUUUCGUAAGGCUGAUCCUAAUGCAGAUUUCCAAAUUGUAAAAUCGGAACCUUGAAAUUUCGAAUUCUUGGCACCGUCCAUCCUGCACUGUAAAAGGGAUCAGACGAGUUUCGAUUGUCACCCAGCGAACAAUCUGACCGCCGAUCUGUUUUUCUGUAAGCCACAAAAUUGUAUUUGCAUAAUGAGCAUCGGUCGUAACGACAGAUUGACAGGUAAGACUUUUCCCGAUUUCGCUGGAUAGCCUUAAAAUUCCUGUUUUUCGUGAACAGGCGACAAGACGUUAAUAUAAUUCGUAGUAAAGCUGUUGCUUCUGGGCCACAUAUUUCUUGAAAUCUUUUCAGUUUCUAUGUAGGCGACUUUGUUUAAAUCAAAUUUUAUUAACGUUUCGUCGGCCAUAUUAGACGCACAGUGAAGAUUACGUAGUAUUUUAUGAAGAAGUAAGUUAGAAUUUCCUCUCGAUUACCUGAAGAAUCUAAUUUGAAGUAUGAAAAAAAUGUACGUAAAUUGAAUACCCGUCGUCUAGUUCUCGAUGAAUGUACAUAUAACCGUACUUGGCACGGCGCGACCCCCUAGAGUAGAUGUUCCUAGAACACGCAGGUGUCGCUCGGGGCGUCAGAGACACUGUGCCAACGGAUAUUCUCCAGUGAUACGUCCGAUCGCAACCAUGUGAACGGUAAUUAUAGAGCUGUAAACAGUUUUAUUUGAGCCUUUUAAAGAUAUAUUUUUAUGAAUAAAUAAAAACGACUGAAUAGUUUUUAUCGAUAGAGUAUUGUGAGUUUAUUUUGGCGGUGCGGAGGGGAGGGCCGCUCGGACCCCGCGCGGUCUUUAAACGACGUAAUAUAGUUAUCCCGUUCUACUAAAUAUCAACGCAGAUUUAAUAUUAUUAUGUUUGGAUUUAUAAAAUCCGUCAAUUUAAAUUUGAUCUUACUUGUGUAAUUACUUUCGAGGCCUAUCCUUUGCAAUAUUGUAAAAUAUUCUAUUUUCGAAGGAGUUAUUCGGAAACUAGUCUGUUAUGUGAUUGUUUUUUUGCAUUUUACCAACGAUGGAAAACCCACAUCUCAUUAAUUAAGAGUGAAUCGACCCUUUUGUAUAAGAUGAAGUUGAAGGCAAUAUGUGACAUUUAGCUACGAGACGCAAGAAUGCUGCCGCUCGAUUGUUGUGUUGUGAGAAUGAAUCAAAUUCGCUUUUUAAUUAAAUAAUGUUUAUCAAUUUGUAAUAGCACUUGUGAGCUGAUUGUUUGAAAUGUCAUAUAUUCUGAAGCUGUGGUAUUAAGUGCAUGGAGUUCCAUGGGACUGCCAUAUGAACAUGUGAUCAGUUUGAAUACUUUUAUAUUGCUGAGCGAGAGAAGUAUUGAAGUAGUGUUAAGUGUAGACCUGCUAGACUGUGUCCUGCGUCCUUGAUUGGAGAAAGAAACAUACAUACAAACAUAAUACCAUCCUCACAGCUACAUUUGGAUUAUAUUUAUAAUUUUAUGAAAUACGAUUUAAUUUUCACUUGAAACUAUUUUAUUUUAUUAUUAUGUGGCUUUAUCCAAUCAAAACUGAACUUACGCAGAUACUUGUUAAAAUUUUGUUUUCGACUAAAUCAUUGAUUUGAAAUGUCAUUGAAAAUACAGUUUGAAUUUUGAAAAUAA